AUGGAGAAAGUGGUAGGAGAAGAUGUCAAGGAGGCGGAAGAGCGAGGAAGGGGAACGCAGGGACAGUGGGUUAUGAAAUCUUUUGAGUAUGAGGAGUGGGGAUGGAGAUGUUUGAGAGUAUUUACUGACGCAGCUGAUAAAAUGUCACUGAAGACAGAAAACAGAAAACAGAAUUCUACUUUCCAUUCUUUUCUUCCGAGAGAAAUUGCUCUUGAGCGAGAAAAACAUUUAACCAUAUGUACUAACACCACUGUACAUCGAGUCGAAUUUUCAGACGACGAUGGAAUUCCUCGUGCGAGUAAAGUGAUCUUCGGAAGCUCUGAUUCAAAAUCCACGAAGACUUUUGAGGCCAAGGUAAUGAAAGAAGUAAUUAUUUGCUCUGGUGCGCUAGGUUCACCGCAAGUGUUGAUGUUGAGCGGCAUUGGUCCUCGUCAACAUCUCGAAGAACACAAUAUCAAAGUCAUCCACGACCUACCGGGAGUUGGUUCCAAUUUCACCGAUCAUCCAAGUAUCCCCGUGGCAUGGGAAAUCCCAAUUUCAGAAUCCAUCAUCCAAGUCGCCGUAUCCCCAUUAAAAGCCAUUCUUGAGUUAGCCAAAUAUCUUCUCUUUGGAACCGGUAUCAUGAGUCUCCCAUCUCAAACACUUAGUUUCUUCAUCCGUUCUCAAUCUCUCAAUGAACAUGCUAUCGGGUCACUCAUCAAAGAUUCCUCAUCCUCAAAUAUCGAACCUACACCCACAGAAACAUCUCCUCUCCAUCUUUCCAAGCCUCAAAAUCAAGUCCCUGAUAUCGAAUUAAUACCACUGGCCGUAAGCGCUACGGACGACACGAAAGAGCACCAAUCGACAUUUUCCAAAAUAGGAAUCUUUUGCAUCCUCGCCGUAAUUUGCGAUCCCUUAUCUCGCGGCAGCGUGCGACUUACAUCCUCAUCCCCGCAUUCCUAUCCCGCCGUCGAUUUCGGCAUCUUUUCCAAUCCAGACGAUAUGAUCCUCGCCCGACGCGCCGUCCAUCUCGCCCUUGCCUUCGGCAAAACCAUGCUGGCUUCCGGAUUUCCUCUCCUCCGUCCCGUAACCUUCUCAUCCGAGUCCCAAGAUCUCGAUGUCGAGCAUGGAGAUCAUGAAGAGAUGGAUAAGUUCAUACGUCACAGAGUGCGAAAUACGUUCCACUAUUCAUCGACAUGUCGCAUGGGUUCUGAAGCCGAUGAAAAUGCUCCUGGGGUGGUAGAUAACGAAUUACGUGUCCAUGGGGUAAAAGGUGUGAGAAUUGCAGAUGCGAGUGUUUUUCCUAAGAUUGUGAGUCACCAUACCAUGGCUCCUGCGGCAAUGGUUGCGACAAGAUGUGCCGGUUUCCUGGUGGAUGCGCAGAAGAAUAGUUAG